CUCUCUCACACACUAACACACACAGAGUCACACAGUAAAUACAUCAUCACGAAGAAAAGCUUUUCUAGCUCACUCUCUCUAUAAAUAUACAUCUUCUCAGCUCUCGGAGCUGCGUUGUGGAAUCAAAUUUAUGUAGACUUUUGGUUUUGAAGCAAUUGUUGAUCGAUGUUCUUCGAAAACCCUAGCUCGAAUAUCAUCACACUGUCAUCGAUCUAAGUUGAUUAGAAGUUAGAACUGUUCGUAAUCAUGGCUAAUAGCAAUCCUUCCGACGGCUCUGCUGACGAUUUCUUUGAACAAAUCUUAGGGUUCCCUGCUUAUCCCGCAGGUGCAACCGAUCCCAAUUUGGCGGGAAACGAAGGCAGUUUGGGUGGAAGUGCUGCUGCUGCGAACUCUAUGAUAUUGCAGCUGAGUUCCGCCGGUGAUGGCUCUGGUCAUCAUCAUCUAGCUAGUGGAAUAGUUGGCGGUGGUGGUGGUGGUGGAGGUGGCGGAGGGUUUCAUUUUCCGUUGGGGUUGAGUUUGGAGCAUGGAAAAGGAGGGUUUCUGAAGAUGGACGAUGCUUCUGGAAGUGGUAAAAGGUUUCGUGACGACGUCGUUGAUAGCAGAGUUUCCUCUUCGGGGUUUCAGGGCCAGCCAAUGCCUAACACGGUGCAAACAACACCAAAUCCACCUACUGUCCGUCCAACAAGGGUCAGAGCAAGGCGAGGGCAGGCCACAGACCCACACAGCAUUGCUGAAAGGCUUCGCCGUGAAAGAAUAGCUGAGAGAAUCAGAGCAUUACAAGAACUGGUUCCUAGUGUCAAUAAGACAGAUAGAGCUGCCAUGCUUGAUGAAAUUGUGGACUAUGUGAAGUUUCUGAGGCUUCAAGUUAAGGUAUUAAGCAUGAGUAGACUCGGUGGAGCUAGCGCCGUUGCACCGCUCGUCACCGACAUCCCUAUAUCAUCUGUUGAGGAAGAAGCAGGUGAAGGGGGAAGAAACCAACCGGCAUGGGAGAAAUGGUCAAACGAUGGCACAGAACGACAAGUUGCAAAGCUCAUGGAGGAAAAUGUCGGGGCCGCCAUGCAAUUUCUUCAAUCGAAGGCACUUUGUAUCAUGCCCAUCUCACUUGCAUCUGCUAUUUAUCACACACAACCUCCGGAUUCAACAUCCAUCGUCAAACCCGAAUCUGAACCCCCUUUAUAAAAACCUCCCUCCAAAAAUCAUCCAAUAACUUGUAUGAUUGUAGUUUUUAGCCCUAAACCCUAAAUCCUAAACCAAACCCAUAUCAGUUGAAAGCAGCAUCAUUAGUUGGCUUUAUCUUUUUCAAGCACUCAUCAUGUUUUAUAAGAAUAAUGGAAAGCCCACAAGAUUCAAGGAGGGGUAGAAAGUUGUCAAA